AUGUCUAUAUCCACGACCGUUCAGCGGUCGAAAGAGCUCAAGGAGCUGGUGUUCGACAUCAUAAAGCAUGCAGAUGCUGCGCUGUCAAGUGCUCGGAUUGGAAAACUGAGUGUAGCCGGGCGCAAAGAUCUCGAGACGCCGAACUUCUUCUCUCUCAGUUCGAGAGGUGCGGUCCCACAUCUCACGCCGGACGUCAUUUCAGCACAUACGCAAUUUGGGGGAGUUUAUAUGGCAUUAGAGGACUUCAUAGAGCGAGCGGGAAAUGCUACUCCGCCAAUAAUGAAUUGCCCAGGACCCUUCCCUCUUCAUACCUUUGCCGCACUUCCUCCAUCGCUCAUUACGCUACUUGCUCCUCGUCGAACGCCAGCUGUAACGGCGGCGGUUGGUAACAGCAAUAACGCCAUUUCGAUUUUCACAUCAAAUGGGUUCCAAACCCUGUCAAAUAAAGCCUAUAUCAACUACGCAGAGAAGCUGCAUCCUGACAUAGCCGUUGCGCUCGCUGACAUCCCUCAUGGCUCCGUGCCUGGCACCAAAAGAGUUACCAAAAUGGCCGAUAGGACUCAAGGGUGGCUCACGGAGCUUCUUAGCGGAAGAAAAGAAGGCAAACCCGCUAUAUUCGCGCCAAUCUUAUCAAUCGAUUUCCUAGAUCAGUCGGAAUAUAUAAACGAACUAGCUGAUGAGUUUGCCGACGAUAUCGAUGGCUUGGCGUUCUACGACUCGAAUCUCCUCCCAGACAUUCCUGAAACCACAGCGCUUUCGCGGCUUCCAAAAUUAUCACUCGAUGAGCCUUCUUCCCCUCGCCACAUUCUCAGACAGAUUUCUCUAGGAAUGGACCUUUUCACAAUUCCAUUCGUUGGGUUUGCUACUGACGCCGGGAUCGCGUUGGACUUUCAAUUCCCGCGCCCGUCACAGGAAGAGGGCAUCGUAUCCAAGGGCACAGGAAGUGCUCCUCUGCCUCUUGGGAUAGACAUGUGGUCGACAAGUCAUUCCACCUCUCUAACUCCAUUAUCCAUAGGCUGCCCAUGCUACGCUUGUCGCUCCCACCAUCGGGCAUUCAUUCAACAUCUACUCUCAGCAAAGGAAAUGCUGGGCUGGGCACUUAUACAAAUCCACAAUUAUACAACCAUGUCUACAUUCUUCCACUCUAUCCGUGAGAGUAUUAGAAACAAGACUUUCGAGUCAGACUGCGAAGAAUUUGCACGGGCUUACGAAAGCGAGCUGCCGGAGAAGAGCGGACAGGGACCAAGAGUUAGAGGAUACAAUUUUAAGAGUGAAGGUCCUGUAGAACAGAAGAAGAAUAAAGCCCCUUGGUUACCUUUGGGCGGUGAUGAUCAAGUAGCCCAAAGCGUAGUGCCUUCUGACGAGCUGGCCGGGAAAUUGGAGGAGAUGGGGGUUACCGAACAGGCUGAUCAGUAA